AUGGCAUCGCGCUGCAGAAAGAGUGUGGAGUGUGGCCCUCGUCGCUAUUGGAACCCUCCCCCUUCUCCUACUCCCUCACGAUCGCGAUGGCGCCGUCCUCCCCACGAACAUCUCGAGGAAUCGCCAAAAGAAUAUUUGAAGACAAACAACCAUCACUCUGGCAUAUCCGUCGAGUUGGAUCAUAAUUUAAACUUUUUUUUUCUUUACAUCAUCGCCAUUGAAGCUUGUUCGUUCACGCAGAUAUACUGCCAGCGAGGUAUCAUAAUCCCGAGCUCAGGCAGUCGUGGCGUCUGCUUACGUCACGCUAAUCUCAACGUAACCGUUCCGUCGAAACCCCCUCCCCUUGGCCAACCUAUACUCCUUCUAGGCGCAUGCAAUCCUCGCGAUCUCUGUUAG